AUGGAUGGAAAACUGGAUUGUCUAGCUCUGAAUGGAAAGAUGGAAGAUGUAAAUGAAGUCAAACCAAACAUCUGUGACUCACCGACCGAUGCUUCUGAGCGUCCCAUUUUACCUGACGACUCCAUUGCAGAUACCACCUUGCAUAAAAACCCAAAAGGAGGCGAGAGCGUAGAUGUGUUCCCCUGCAGCUCUGUGGAGCCGCCGCGGCCCUCCUCCAUGGAGGCCUGCACUGUGCAGGAAAUGAGUCAGACGUUCACUUCCAUCAGCCGGAGUCAAGACAGCCUCAAAACCACCACCACGGUCCACACCGAGCCCGAUGCUGACGACCUUUGUGCUGCAAUCCUUCUGUCCUGCCUGUUCUGUCACCCUCUGGACUGUUUCCUGGCGGUGAUGAGAGGCUGUAACGGCUGCAUUUGGUCUCUGUGCUCGUGCCUCUGCGGCUGCGAGCCCAGCACCCUGCAGCCCCUCCUGGACGUCACCCGGAGCGGUGACCUCUGCGGGUGUCUGGGUGUUCGCUGCUUCCUGUGCGACUGUCCCACCUACGACAUCUGCCUCCAGGCCACCGAGUGCCUGGACCUCGCCAUGGAGAUCUCCCAAAUGCUUUACCACUAA